CGAACUGGUAGUGGCAUGAAACGUCCAUAAACCACCCACGUGAUGUAAACAAAGCCACGUUAUAUAAAAAUGUCCGAAAACAAGAGUAAGCUGAGGGUCUGCCCACUCUGCCUACAGGAAGAUGGGAUCCUGAUAGCAUACAUCCGGUUGAAUGACCACCUGCGGGCCAAACACGGUCUCUCGGGCCCCAAUGUGAGGCAGACAAGCGCGGCCGCGAAGUCGGAUUUCUGCAGUGGGAAGAGCGCCAGGAGCGGCCGCUCGUACUGGCAGUGCAAGUGCGGCGCGACCGUCAUCCGUCGGGGCCCACAUCUGCUCUCGGCUAGCCACGAGUUGACUAAGGGCUCCGAUGAAUACACCGUCGCCUAUAAGGCCUUUGAAAAGAAAGGAGGAGGAAAAGUUACAUCAAAGGUGACACAAAAUUGUAUAAAAUUGGCAGAGAAGGGAAGUCUGGUGUCCUCAGAUGGCUACUACUCUACGGAGUUUGUAGAAGAUAGUGUGGCUAAUGGAAAACUGAUGGACUUGGAGAGUUACAAAAUACCUUCAGGAACACGAGUUCGGCAUACUUCAGAUGAAUCUGAGAGAUCUCACCUGAGCUUUGGCAGCAAUGAUAGCUUGUCCCCAGCAGAUUAUGUGAAGCCACUACAGAACAAGGACUUAAAAGGGAGGAACAAGUACACAAUGCAAGAGGAUGUUGCUAUGAUGAAGUAUCUCAUCGAUACCUGCACCUAUACACAGGCUGGGGGGAAUCGUGUAUGGAAAGAUAUGGAGAUGAUGAAGAUCACCAGCCAUACUGCCCAGUCUAUGAGUGCCAGGUUCCGCAAGACGAUAGUUCCCAACAUAGAGAAGUACAGGGACCACAUUGAGAAACACUGGAUACCACGUCUCACUGGUUCACUGCAACAGGCUGCAUCUUCUUCAGAGUUUUCCCCUGGCGUCCUCUUUCAAAAGCGACCCCUGAAGAAGUGCCAGCCUGACAGCACAACUAUGUCCAGCAAAGAAUACACAAGCACCAGUGGCAGCAAGCACCAAACAAAAAGUCUGCAACAAACAAACAUCUUAAAAAUGUUUGAAGGAGAUGAUGAAACAUCAGUGACCAACACAGCACAGCGAAAACGUGAAUUAGUACCUUUGGAGAUUGUUUCAAAUUCCAAGAGACAAAGAUUACAAGGGACAUCUGGUAAAGAGAAAAUUGCAGAAAACAAAAAAGAUAGUGUUAGUGUUCAAAGACAGAAAGGGGAAGAAAAAUACAGUGAAUCAGAAAGUUCCUCAAAAGUGGGUUUUAAAAAGGGAAAAGAUAAGUCAUUGAAAACUUCUGAACAUAAUCAUAAUAACAAUAAUAAUCAAACUGCAGUUGUAAAUGACAAUGGACAGAUAUGUGAAUUAUAUGAUGGAAGACUUACAAAACAAUUUGAUGAUGAUCUUUCAAAUGCUUCUGCAAUUUUGGAUGAUCAGAAUGUUAGCAUACAAUCCAAAGAUGAAGACAAUGGUGAGUUUUCAGAAGAUUUACUUUCAUUAGCAACUACUAAUACAACUCAAAAGAAGGUUAAUGGUGGUUCUACAUGUAAAUCCUCAAAACAAUGUGCAUCUGUUGAUUCAUAUGUCACUGCAAACAGUAAACCCUGCAAAGAAAGCGCCAAUAAACCUAAAACUCAAAAUGCAGCAAACAGUGAACUAAAUGAUAUGUAUACUGACAGUUUAGAUCUGGACAUAGCAAGCUCACCAGAAGAGGUGUAUCUGAGUGCUGAGGAAGAGACACUAGAACCUGACAGUCAGGCUGUGAAAAAUAAUGUGGAAAUUGUGCCUGAUAAUAAUCAUGACAAUGAUAAUGAUGACGACGACAACAAUAACGAUGAUGAAAAUGAUAAUGAUGACAGUUUUGAUAAAAUGCUGGUGCAUGAUGAUGAAGACAGUUUUGAUCAAAUGCUUGCACAGUGUGGUGAAGAUGUGGAAAAGGAAAGCUCUUGCUCUAGUUUGGGUAAGAAAAGUACUGGUAAACACAUUAAUAAACAGGUCGACCUACAUGUAGAUACAGAAAAACAAAAGAGAAAUUCUGAGAAGAAAAGCAGCAGCAAUAAGCCAUCACCAAACAGAUCUUCCAACAAACCUGGCUCUUCAAAAAGUGCUUCUGGAGAGGUUAAAGGUAAAACGUCACAGACACACAGAAAAGAAGUGGAUUUAUGUAAAGAAUUUUGCAAGACAAUUGGAGCUCAACUUGGCCAGCAUGCAGCAUUUGUGAAUCAUGUGCUGUACCAAUGUAGUGGAGACACAGUGAGAACAGAGGCCUAUCUCAAAUAUGGACCCAAAUCAAAAGAACUGCCCCCAUGGACGUCAGAGGAGGAUGAAGUGCUUCUGAGAAAAAAAAACAGUCGAAAGCUGCAGGACAAGUUUGAUGAAAAUGAAGUGGAGGACAGACACAAGUUUCUCAUUGAAAAAUAAUUGUUUUUGUGUAUAAAUAUACUUGACAAUUAAUUUUACUUAAAAUUCCCACAUUUUACCGUAUUAUACAUUUAUUUCGUUUUAAUUAAACAUUUCAGAAUGAAAUAUUAAAUUCACAACACAUAAAUUGUACACUAGGAUAUGUGUUGUGAUUUUAACCUUUCAUUCUGAAAUGUUAAAUUAAAUCGAAAAAAAUCAAUAUUAAUGAUGACAGCUGCAUAGGUACCCCUUAUAUCUUGUGUUCACCUUUGAACUAAAUCGAUCUUUAAAAUAUGAUAUGUUUUUCAUAAUUAUACCCCACAAACGAAGUUUAUGGGAUUAUAUAGGAGUGAACUUGUCUGUUGGUCGAUCUGUCUGUCGGUCGGUCCGUAUUAAGCGUCCGCUCUCUAAUUCAAGUUGUUUUUAUCCAAUCUUCACCAAACUUGGUCAGAUGUUGCAUAUAGAUGAUGUCUAAGUCAAGUUCGAAUAUGGGUCAUGCCAGGUCAAAAACUAGGUCACAGGGUCACUUAGUGCGUUUUAAACAUUGAUCAUGGUGUCCGCUCUCUAAUUCAAGUAGUUUUCAUCAGAGCUUCACCAAACUUGGUAAGAAGUUGUAUUUAGAUGAUGUCUAGGCCAAGUUCGAACAUGGGUCAUGCCAGGUCAAAAACUAGGUCAUGGGGUGUGUUUUAAACAGUGAGCAUGGUGUCUGCUCUCUAAUUCAAUUAGUUUUCAUCCAAUCUUGGGCAGAAGUUGUAUCUACAUGAUGUGUAGGUCACGUUAGAACAUUGGCCAUGCCGGGUCAAAAACUAGGUCACAUGGUCACUUAGUGCGUUUUAAACAUUGAGCAUGGUGUCUGCUGUUUUUUGUGAAGACAACAUGCAAAAUAUUCUUUGUCAAUGUUGAAGUCGGGGUAUUCGUCACGUCUGUGACAAAGCUCUAGUUAUGUUGAUCUUUAAUGAAAUUGGCCUUUAUUUCACAAGAAAAUGAAAAAAAAAGAUUCACCUUUUGUUGUAAUUGUCAAGAUGUAUAAUGUUCAUUAUUUUUUUUAAAUACUUAAUUGAAAUCUUAAA